AUGACUAACACCGAGGUGGUGCUCCUGGUCAUCCUGCUGGCCGCACAGCUGGACUUCGUCAUCGGGACUUUCAUCGGCCCGACUGACGACAAGAACCUCGCUCGUGGAUUCGUCGGAUAUCGAAAGGAAGUCUUCUAUCGAAACAUCCAGUCUGCAUAUGGGCCCUCAGGGAUCGAGGCAAAGGACCAGGAUUUCUUCAGCGUCUUUGGGAUUUUCUUCCCUGCUGUCACGGGAAUUGUUGCCGGUGCCAACUUCUCUGGCGAUCUUAAGGAUCCAUCAUCGGCGAUCCCCAAGGGGACAUUGGCAGCGGUGGUUCUGACAUACAUCUCGUACAUCGGGUAUGCGUUGAUGCUGGCUGGUUGUGAGGUGAGGGAAGCAUCAGGAGAAGUCUCCGAGUUGGACAAGAAUCUCACGAAUAUCUUGGAAUCGAUCGAUCUUGCAAAUGGGGACUCCAAAACAACGACCAGGUUCCCCCACUACUUGUAUCCUGACUCUUUGGUCGCUUCAGAGGGUCACAUUGUGGACAUCGUUGUUACAGAUGAUAACUGCGGCUUCAGCGUGGUUUCCUUUGAUCUAUGGCGGAUGCUUCGCCGCCACGCUCUCUUCAGCAAUUGCCAGUCUCGCUGGCGGUCCUCGUGUGUUCCAGCGAAUUUGAAUGCAGUGGCGGCGCUGGUCGUGAAUUUCUUCCUGGCUGCUUAUGCGCUCAUUAACUUCUCCGUCUUCCAUGCUUCUAUCACCAAAGCUCCUGGCUGGAGGCCAUCCUUCAAGUACUACAAUGCCUGGCUGAGCCUGUUGGGGACGAUAAUUUCCGUCGUGGUCAUGUUCAUGAUUCAGUGGGAUGUGGCCCUUGCCACCCUAGGCGUUACCAUAUCCCUCUACCUCCUUGUGCAGUACCGCAAACCCGAAGCGAACUGGGGCUCGAGUACGCAAGCGCAAAUAUACUCAACGGCACUGAAGAACACGCACGAACUCAACAAGACGGCAGAACAUGUGAAAAACUACCGACCGCAGUUGCUCGUUCUUGCUGGUCCUCCUAGCUCGAGACCUCCCCUUUUGGACUUCGCCUAUCUUAUUACCAAGUCCUAUUCUCUCCUAGUCGUCGGACACGUUGUCAAGGGUCGUAUGAGGCACUCCGAAAGGUCCUCCCUGAUCCACAAGGGUUACGCAUGGCUCCAACGUCAUGGCAUCAAGAGUUUCUACGACAUCGCAGAGAGUGAUCGUUUUGACUUGGGUGCGAAGUCCUUGCUCCAGCUGUCUGGCUUGGGGAAACUCCGUCCGAAUAUCCUUCUUCUUGGAUUCAAGGCCGACUGGGGCUCAUGCGAUCCAUCCCAAACGCUCCAGUACUUCAAUGUGAUUCAUGAUGCGUUUGACAACCACACGGCCGUGGGGAUCCUGAGAGUUGAAGAGGGGCUGGACUACAGUGAGGUUUUGGAAGAGGAGCCAUUGUCCUACGUAGAAAACAAAGUAUUGAAAAACGUCAAAACUGAAACCUCCCUUGGAGAAAUGGGAGAAGAGUCCAACUCAUCGUCCGCUUCCGUGACCUCUGGAGAUAAUCCGUCAACCAACGAAACGGAGAAUAAGACUCAGAAGAAGGAAAAGGAGACGAAGAACAAGGCAAAGCAGAAGCAACCGUCGCAAAUAUACCGACGACCAGACGGGGCAGCCCUGCCGAAGACAGUCAUCAAUAACCUGACUCAGUUCCAGCAGAAGCAAAAGAAAGAUGCCCGGAUUGACGUCUGGUGGCUGUACGACGACGGCGGGCUCACGAUUCUCCUCCCUUACAUCCUGACACAGAGGUCCCAGUUCUCCUCCGCUUCUCUCCGUAUCUUCUGUCUGGCGUCCUCCAAUGAACUCGAAAAGGAACAAAGAAGUAUGGCAGCGCUGUUGAGCAAGUUCCGUAUCGAUUACAGCGAUGUUGUCAUCAUCUCCGAUUUCAAGAAAAAGGCCGCACCUGAGCUUUACCAGGAAUUCGAUGCUCUUAUCGAACCAUUCAAAGAGAAGUCAGGCGAAACCAGGGAACCUGGAACAUAUAUCCCAGACGCAGAACUGAUGGCAACCCAAAACAAGAACAGUCGCCAUGUGAAGCUAAGGGAACUCCUCCUUUAUCAUUCCAUCGACGCUUCACUAAUUGUUAUGACUCUACCAAUGCCGCGAAAGGGGAUGGUUUCGGCCCCACUGUACAUGGCCUGGUUGGAUACCCUGACUAAGGGCAUGCCUCCAUUCCUCGCAUUGCACUCCAUCAAGCACGCAAUCAUCACAUUGAGUUCCAUUCAAUCAAGCUCUCAUCCAUCACAUCGAGCUGUUGUCCUUUUCAACGACGUCAGCCCCAUCCCCAUUGUCAUCGUCAUCAUGGGACGCCAGUGA